GCGCGAUAAGCGAUAUUGGUGAACUCCCUGAUUAGACAUACUGCGGGGUCGAUUGCUGAAAAGGCGAUUACCUGAGCCGCUUCGAGAGUAGUAUUAACCGAGGCACUCAACGGGGAUCAUCGCAGCAAUGAUUCACUGGAAGGUAGCGCUGUUGUGUACAUGGGUGGUUGCGAGCAGUGCUCGGCAAAUUGUUCAACGAUCCGAGGAGGGUCAAGAACGAGAGCACUACCACAGAUCGAGCAAUCUCCGCUUAAAGCCGGUUAAGCAAGCCUUCACCGAAGCGGAGCUUGAGUCCAAGUAUUGGAACGAUGCUGCUCAAGAAUCGCUGGGAGCAAAGUUGAAGAUGGAAGAGGUGAGUAAGGUGGCGAAGAACAUCAUCUUCUUCAUCGGCGAUGGUAUGUCAUCGCAAACGGUGGCCGCGACUCGGAUGUACCUCGGGAACGAGAACGAGCAGCUGUCGUUUGAGAAGUUCCCGUACUUGGGACAAGCCAAGACGUACUGCGUGAACCGGCAGGUUGCGGACUCGGCUUGCACCGGGACGGCGUACCUGUCCGGCGUGAAGAUCAACUAUGGGAUGCUGAACAUAGCGGCGUCGGUGCCGAGGUAUGACUGCGACUACGAGAAGACCAACGAGACGGAGAUAUUCGGCAUCAUGAAGUGGGCUCAGGACGCUGGGAAGGCAACGGGGAUCGUGACGAAUACGCGGAUAACGCACGCAUCGCCGGCGGCGAGUUACGCGCAGAGUGCUACGAGGGGAUGGGAGUACGAUGUGGAGGUGCGUGGUGCAGGAUGCGAUCAGGAGAAGACGAUGGACAUUGCUCAGCAGUUGGUUCGCAACGAGGUGUCGAAGAACUUUAAGGUUGCGAUGGGUGGUGGUCGGCGGUACUUCCUACCGCGUGACGUCAACGAUGGAGAGGGUGCCAGAGGAUAUCGGGAGGAUGGCAAGAAUCUGGUUGAGGAAUGGUUGGAGACGCACAAGGCGAUGGGAGAGUCGGAGUUUGUAUGGAAUCGCGAGCAGCUGCUUGCGGUGGAUCCAAAGAAGACGGACUAUUUGCUGGGUCUGUUCGAGGCAAGUCAUAUGAAGUUCAACCUGGUGGUGGAAGAGCAGAACGCUCAGGACAUGGAGCCAACGCUUGCGGAGAUGGUGGAGGCUGCCGUUAAGGUGCUGCAGGAAAGCGAGGAAGGCUUCGUGCUGUUCGUCGAGGGAGGACUGAUCGAUCUGGCUCAUCACGACACCACGGCCCGGUUGGCGCUGGACGAAACGGCCGAGUACUCGAAAGCAAUUGAGCACGCGAGGAAGCUGACCAGCGAGGACGAUACGUUGAUUGUCGUCAGUUCGGAUCACAGUCACACGAUGACCUACAACGGGUACCCGACUCGUGGCAACGACAUCCUCGGCAUCGGUGACGUCAGCGAUUGGGACCGCCUUCCGUACACAACCCUCAGUUACGCCAACGGUCCCGGGUACGGCGUGACGUACAACGUGGCCAACGUGGCCGAGCGGCUGGACAUCUCGGGGUACGAUUUCACGCGGUACAACCAGCGCUACCUGGCGACGGUUCCGCUGGGGUCGGAAACGCACGGCGGUGAGGACGUCAACGUGUACGCGUCGGGGCCGUUUGCCCAUCUGUUCGUGGGGAACUACGAGCAGAGUGCGCUGCCCCAUCUGAUGGCGUACGCGGGUAACUUUGGCGAGUUUUACCGGGAGAUUGAGGAGGACAAGGACAAGGAGGACGAUGAUGACGAUGCGGGAAGCUCGCUCGUGGUAUCGGUUCCGGUAGUUUUGAUAGCGGUUAUUGUGGGGCUACUGAUGAGGCCCUAAAGAUUAGUCAAGUUGUAAAUUUAAGGUACAAUAAAGUUUAUUGAUAAGUUUAAA